GCUGAGCAUUCUCCUCGCUCGCAUCUCACUGUACACCUUCGAUUUCCAUUUAUUGUUACAUGCACCCGAAGCAAGACCAGCAGUGCUUUGAAAAGUGUUUCGGACGGGAUUAAUUAUUCAUGCCUUAUCAAGUGCUAACGUGACUUUCAAUGGAAAUCAUUUUUUGAGAAAGUUGCGGAGCAUCGAGAAUUACGACACAACGAUUCGAGGUUCAUUGGGUUGGGUUACAUAAUCACAUUUCGAGGCAGUCCAAAAAACCAAUUCAAACAGUACCGCUGUAAUCGAGACAAGGAAGGUCAGAGUCAUUCCUUAUCCAAUUGUCUAAUAAUAAAUUGGUUGAGUAUCGAGAUGAUGGCUUCUGCUAGUGAUGUCAAGACCAAGUCUCGACAAGCUCGCAACGAUGUAGCUGUCGAUUGGCGUCACCGUGUGAUCGAAUUAGCCGCAAACUGAAGGAAGGAGAAGCAGCGGAAGACAGACGUCGAGCUGAGCUUUCGAGGCGCAUCGGCGACGACAUGUCGUCGCGGCGUUCACACGAGCAAAACCUGACUUAAGCCUGCAAUCAACGUAGCACGGAGCGUGGCGAAUGACAAUGUCUGGCGAGGUGAGCGUGACGAGCACGCUGCUGCCAAGUGUGACGCGCGUCGUGGAAGCGAGUCGUGCGCCACUCGAGCUUGGCCCUGUGGCGGUGGUACUCGCUGGAAUAAUCGUGCUCGUGCUCUCGUUGCUGACGGUCGGCUGCAAUUCCAUCAUCCUCGCCGCGUUCUACAAAUACAAAAGACUCAGGACUGCUUCCAACUACCUCCUCGUGUCGCUUGCCGUCAGCGACUUUUCGGUCGGCGUGUUCAUGCCGUUCGGUACGUACCUUGAGCUUGCGAAUCGAUCGGAGGCGACCAACACGAGACCGGUAGCUGCCAUCGCUGGUUUCUGCGUGUUACCUUACUGCGCCCUCAUAGCACUUUGUAGCGUCAGUGUACUCGUCACCGUCGCCAUUGCCGCCGAUCGAACCACUUCGCUCGCACAACCGCUCAGAUACAAGAACAUCAUCACUCACAGCAGCAUCGAGAAGUACAUCGUGAGCUUCUGGAUUUAUGCCAUCGCUGUGGGAUUGUCGCCUCUCGUAUAUGCUAGAUUCUCCGACACUAGCCAGACCUACAGUGGCAGCUGUCGGUUCAGCGGAGUGAUAAUGCCACCAAUGCGCGUCAUCCUGUUCGCGAUGGUAUGGGCGCCGAGCGCUUUCAUACUGCUUGGCUGCUACAUGUACGUGUAUUUCGUGGCACGAGCUCACGCCCGUGCCAUUUACACGGUCGAAUUGUCCUUUCGCAAUCAGACGCAAACCAUGGCGCUGCCGCGUUAUGGACAAACACUCGCAGUUACCGUUGGCGCAUUCUUCAUACUUUGGCUUCCGUUUCAGACCUGCAUGCUGCUGGACUUCUUCUGCGGCACGAAUAUCAUCUCGGAUUGCACAAUCUGGCUGGGCCUUCCGAUUCUCGCUCACAGUGGCGCAAAUCCAUGGAUAUACGCGUUUCACCACGGCGAGAUACGCAUCGCCGCCGGUAAGAUAGCCGAAGACAUCGUUUCUCGCUUCGGCGUGACACCAAGUCGCUACGGCUGCUCGCCCGCGCGCCGAGGCUCCAACACGAAUUUAGAGCUAGCUGAGGUGAACAACAGUCUCGAGGAACGUAGGCCACCCGUCGAGGACUGUUUCGCCGCGAGACAACACCAGAGCAUUGUCUACGCGAGUCGGCGUUGCCUCGAGAUGUCGAGUAAAAAUCUAGACAUCUCGCCGGAAAAAAUGGAUCGUGCCUCGUCAUCGGAGAGUAUCAGACACAGCGACGUCAUCGAGGAAAAUAUACAUGAUUUGACGAAAAUGCUCGAUCCUAAGUACAUCGUAUACAGAAAUCACAUGAUCGACUCUAAUCACAAUAUCGACAAAAUCAAAAAUCUCAAGUACUUGCUCGAUCCGACUUUCAGCAAGAUUCGUCAUCUGCGAAGACUAAAUCACCGAAAAACAGUCGGCAAAAAUGGCAGUCGAUUCGUGUCGUAUCAGAAUCUCAAAAUUGACUGCGUGGCAACAGUGGCGAGAAAAGGUUCGAUGCAUCUGAAUACCAUGUCCGAUCCACAAUUGAAUGCCGAUACCCCUGACAACGAAUCGAGAAAAUUCAUCGAUUGCCAGCAGACCUACGAAAGAAAAAGUACAACAUUGGCGUCGGUAUCCGACUCCAAUAUCAAAAACAAAAUCGUCGAGUCGGAGAUGAAUAUGCGAUUCAUUCCUACGAGCAGAACAUCCGCUGACGACCACAGAUACUCGGUGCACAAUCUCGACACUAGGUACGUCAAGAGUUACGCCCAGCAUCAUCAACGCGUUGAGAAUCACAGAAGGUCGUUCAGCUGGGCACGUGCGCGACAACGAUUCAACAACAGAUUCGCCGAUUCGCCAAGUCCGAGCUUAGAACUUAGGUUUCAACAGACGAGUUACGCAUCAUUACCAACUCCCGAUGGCACUAGAUCCAGUUUGAAAAGUAGUCCUAAGCUCCGAUCUUCGACAAAACAGUUGACUAUUACGCCUAAUCGACUGGCUAGUCUGUUCAAUCACGAGCAACCGUCCGCGAUGAGACCAAUAAAAACAGAGUCGAUCGUUCAAGCAAAAUGGAACCUGGAUCUGUUGAAUCACUCGGAGUCUAUCAACACGCUUCCAGCGACGUAUCAUACGAGAUUACUGGAACCGUCAAGAUUGAUGGAUACUCUAAUAGUGCCGACCAUUCACUCGGAACCGCCAAGUCCUAUAGAUCCUCUACCACUGGACUCUUUGAAGGAGGAAGAGUGUUCCAACCAUAACCCGACUACUCCUGUACGAACGCAGCCAUUCGAACGAAACCUCAAGAGCCCUGUGAGAUAUUCGGAUCCGGUGAUUCCGUCGGUUCUCCUGAACAUCGAAGAUUAUAGUCAACGGCAGGAGAAUGGCGUUGUUAAUCCGCAAGAGCUGUCGGAUCUUCUGUCGCGUUGCGGUUUGAGGGAGAGAUUGACGGAUUCUAUCUUUCCAGAACACGACUCGACGAGGUUUAGUUCACGUCGCCCGUCCGAUUCCAAAUGGUCCGAGUCGUCCCGCAGUCAAGAGAUCCUGUCGAACGUAAUGGAACAUCCACGCUUUCCUUCCUCUUAUUCCGUCAACAAUUUCCAAACCUGCACUAACACUAGUGGCAGUGAUCUCAACGAUCUGACCUCUUGCCUUGAACCAUUCAUGUGCUCCGACGCUUUGAGCUCAUCUCUGCGCGAAUCAUUCUUCAGUGCUCCCGAUUCCGAGAACAUCUUCACUUCGUUCGAAGCUGACGAGCCCGAACAAAUAAUUCCAGUGCCAAAGAAUCGUUGCUCGUCUUCGAGUGCGAAUCUUGUGGGGCGACCAGCAGCUUUCCAACGCGAGGUACAACUCGAAUUGCAAAGCAAAUCCACCGAAUCGAUGUUUCGGACGAGGGAGCAGAAUGAAAGAUUGUGCGCGAUUUUGAGACUUGAACCUACUAUACAUCGGAGUAGACCACAAGUACGACCGGUCAUUUGCAAAGAUUCGAGACUGGCACCUCUGGCUACACCUACGCCUACGGAGGUUUGUACGCCUACUUUCGACAUUACCGUCGUCGCAGAUAUUAAAACCGAAACGGGACUUGGCGUCAGGGUGUGAUUGUACGAAAGUGUUUCAAAAACACGAUUAACAAAUCUCAUCGAUGUCCGUGUUUCUCGAGUUUGCAUUUCUCAUGUGUAGAUGACAUAUUUUACUGUUCAGUUAGUAUCAGAUGCUAACGUAUUGCCAAAGAUUUGUUAUUUGUUUUCGGUUAUAAGGAAUGUUAUUGCGAUACAAGUAUUGCUUUUCUUACUAGUCUAACGAUUCCUUUUCGUUUCCUAAUCAAAGAUCAUCGUACAAAAAGACUAGUCGGCUCACCUCUGUGACUUUUAUAGAAUUAAAGCUCUUCACUUUUUAUUCAUUGUAAAACAACUCUUCUCUCGUCCGUCUUUUUCCAUUUCUUUUUGUUCGAGAUCGCAAAUUGAAUAGGCACUUGGAGCUUAAGCGAGACUAAUCGCUCGUAUAUCAAGAUUCCAGCGAAAGAUCAUUAAAUUCAGUGAUGUGUAUACUGAAUUUAGCACGGGUUGUUUUCACGAUGCGUUCAAGGCCGAGCGUGACGCGUUUUCCAGACUCGCUUUGUUUUAAUGCCAACGCGCGAGUGAAUUCCGCCCAAUGAUUCGUGUCGUUCGCAGCGGCUUUCAUCUACGCAUCACCGUUAUUUAAAGAUUUCGUUGUGAUGCAACUUGAAUUAUUGAUAUUUAGACUUGUUACGUUGUCUUUGUUGAUCUGUACAUAUCGUAAUCAAACAGGAGAAUGAUCUUACGAGAUUCUACGCAAACAUUAUUGAAAUGGGUAAACUGGGAAGGCUCGGUUUCGCUUAUCACGAACACCAAAUAUGUAUUAUAUAAAUAAUUACAAUUUUUCGUGAAACUCGAUAAAAACACUCAAUAGCCGUGUUUGUGCGUUUGUCAAAUUUAAAACAAAAUCAUAUGCGCCAUAAACUCCAUUUCCAGCUCAUGGUUCCACAUGCUGGUUCUAUAUACUCUAUAAAACGCCGAGCGAUGCGAGAGUAUAAUGUAAUAUAGGAUAUAUCGUUUUAUACUUCCAAUCUCACUUUUGAUCAAAGGAAUAAUGAUGUAAACGACUAGUUCUAAUAAUGAUAAAUCAAAUGUAUUGAUAAUUUCAAAAGUAAUUAUUACUCUUUUACUACUAUUGUAACUAUGUAGGAUUUGCGAACCUUUAGAAUUUUAGAUUUUCUUUACUUAUUGCUAUUCGCUUUCAUAUCAAAAUAAUUGUAUUAUAAUUUUUUACAAUGGUUAGUGUAAAACGAAUUACUUACCAAUGAUAGUUUAGCAUUGAACUUAAUAAAUUUUUUAUCUACCUCACACUUCAAUAAUGUGUUUGAUAUCUAAUAUGUCGAAUGAUUUGUGAUGUGACUUUCAGAAUAUACUAUGUACCAUUAUUGAGGAUAUACGGACGGACGUUAAGCAGGUAUUAAUGGGCAUUAAUAAAAUAAGUACUUACAUUUUAUGAAAGAAUAUGGUGAAAUUGAAAGUACAACAAAUGAAAUGAAAAGUACAAUCGGUUUACAAAAGAAAGCUUAGAAUAGUUCGUAGAGUUCAAAUAUUGAAGAAAUACUGUGUGGCUACGGAAAGAAAGUAUACAAUUAAGUCAUUAGGAUAGGAGGAAAAAUAUGAGAAAUAUUUAUUGAAUUACAUGGUGAAACUUGAGAUAAAACGUAUUUUUAUGCUAUAAAAAUGUUUUGUCAGAGAAAUAUUGUCAAAAGAUUUUCGAUAUACACUCUAUACAAAUAUAUGCCUGAUACCACUUCAUAUUUCUUUUCGUGCGUUAUUCGAUAAAAAAUUUAAUGGAAUAGGUUUUUAUCCACAGAUAUAAAAUGAUAAUUUAUAUUAAAACAAAUUAUCACAUAGAAAGCAUUGAUUUUGUAUCAUCGAAUGAAAUGCAAAACAACUAUUUCUGAACGGGGGAACAAUAUUUGUGAGAAUUAUAAGACAGGCGUAAGAUGAAGCCAUAUUUUCACUUCUCGGCAGUCUGUGAUUGGAAAUCUUGAAUUUUGAAAUAGUAUAUGUACAAAACAAAAAAGUUGAUAGACGCACGUACGUGUUUACGAUUAUAUUCAAAAGAGCCAUUUAUAAAAGUAGCAUGUAAUUUCAAUCAGCACUUUAAAAAAAUUAGAAUUGGAAAAAGCUAUCUUUUGAAUAAUGUUGUUAAAAUUAAUUAUUUCCUUAAAGUCUAAAACGACAGUAAAUUUUCGUAAUGUUUUAAUUGGAAACAACAACUACCUAUUCUAUGUAGGUAUAAUCAAGGCUUUAUUGAACUAUGCUCUUUUAUCUGAGUAUGACUGAUUAUGUCAAGUUCACAUUAUAUAUCAAACGUACAUGAACUGAUGGUGUAUGAUAAGAGAUUCCGUAUGAAUCAUUUCAGAAAUGUGUGUAUGUGAUGAAUUAUUUAUUUAACAAUGUAUAAAAAUGGUUCUUGGAAAGCAUUCUUGCUAUAGCAGAAAGAUGAAAACUUUUAAGAAAAAUUCUGUUCAUACCACUUGCAAUUAAAGAAUGUAUCAUAAUAAAAUACUCACUAAUUUAAGCGUUUGAAAAUUUCAGAUGAAAAAAAUUGAAAAUAAUUAUUAAAUUAAAUCUUCUACCUAAUAUUACAACGCAUAAAGAAAGGCCAAGCCAUGAAUGUAAUAUCAUUUUGUAAUAUAAGUGUCAAAAUAAGCGCUAUUAUUGUAAAUAUUAUCCAUAAAACAAUACGCUUGUGUAGGGCAAUCUGUAAUCCACUUGUGCCAAGUGCUAAUAUAGGUUUUGUUCAUUGAAUUAAAAGGCUCUCUCAUCAUUGAUUUUUCGAACAAAUUAUGAUAUAAUUGAACUGCGUUUAUUUUUCCUUAACAUUUCUUAAGCAUCGAAUUCCGGCUUUAAUAAUAAAAAAAAAUUGAAUACUCUAGAUCACUUUAAAAUUUACACGUAUACUCUCACUCGUGAAUUAUAUAAAACUGCCUCAGGGUAUAUAUAUCUUAUUUUUGCUAAGCCAAAUGUGGUAUCACCAUUUUAUCGCUUGUAGCCAAACAUUUGAACAUAAUGAUUUAAAGCAGUCAAUGUAUAAACUAUCGAAAGAGAAUUAUCUGUUUUUAUACAUACGUGAAUUGCUAAAAAUAUAGCAUGCUGUAUAAAUGAACAGACGAUGUACGAAAACUCCAUUUUUUUUAUGUAAUAAUAAUGAAAAUAAACGAAGAUCAUUGUUUACAAAACUGUUAUAUGCCUCGAAAAGAUCGAUUAUAAGCUACAGUGUACCUAUUCGAACAUCAAAACUGCUAUAUAUGUUGAACUGAAAUUAAUUUUUAUACAAAUAGAUUAUCCAAUAUACAUACAAUUCAGAUUUCUAAUAUGUGUAUACCUAAUGUAAUUUUGUUCAUGAUCAUAAUCAAAUAAUAGUGCUAUCAUGUAAUGAAAUAAAUACAAUAAUACAUGAACAUUCUUUCAUAAACAAUGCCUUUACAACGAUUGUGUUUUUUCGUAAGCUCCUGAAAAUAAAAGUACAACACUAGUUAAUUAAAUGGUAAAAUAUAAUUUAAUUUUUUCCUAUUUCUGUAUACGGCACGUUCCUGUCU